ACACACUUCGACUUGUUCCACCACCGUCUUCGUUCGUGCACAGCUCGUCAUGGACCUUGCAUUAGACGUGGAAGGUGCUCAAGUGACGUCUGCGACGUCGUUUGACCCCAAGUUUCCGCCGUCCAACGUCCUCGAUGGAGACACGGGCACAAAGUGGGCUACGUGUGGCCUGUAUCCUCAAGAAAUCAUCGUUCAGCUCGCCACGACGUCUGUGAUUUCCAAAGUUAAGACGUGGACCACCAAUGCCAAGCAUGUCGUGGUCGAAGUGUGUGCCGGUCCGUUGCCUACAAAAUGGGAAAAGGUUGUCGACACCAACAUUGGCGAAAACGACGGCAACCUCCAAAUCGAAACGCAGGCCGUGACCCGCGAAGACGCGUCGUUCGUCAAGGUCAAAGUGUUGUCUGGGUACAAUGACUUUAUCACGGUGCAUCGCAUUUCAGUCGAAGGCAAAGCGCCUCGAAAGUGACCAAACUACCCCAUGACAAUUAACAGUUAACACCAGUUUCGCAUUAUUUUGGCUUCA